CUCCUCUCCCGCUAGUCCUCGCCGCCGCCGGCCCGCCGCCCGCUCCGCUCCUCUCAGCCUCCUGGACCAGCAGCCAUGGCCGACAUCAAGACGGGCAUCUUCGCCAAGAACGUGCAGAAGCGACUCAACCGCGCGCAGGAAAAGGUCCUUCAGAAGCUUGGGAAAGCUGAUGAGACAAAAGAUGAGCAGUUUGAAGAAUAUGUCCAGAACUUCAAACGGCAAGAGGCAGAAGGUACCAGGCUUCAGCGAGAACUCCGGGGCUAUUUAGCAGCUAUCAAAGGCAUGCAAGAAGCCUCAAUGAAGCUCACAGAGUCGCUGCAUGAAGUCUACGAGCCUGACUGGUAUGGGCGGGAAGACGUGAAGAUGGUUGGUGAGAAAUGUGAUGUCCUGUGGGAAGACUUCCAUCAAAAACUAGUGGAUGGGUCCUUGCUGACACUGGAUACCUAUCUGGGCCAAUUUCCUGACAUAAAGAAUCGCAUCGCAAAACGCAGCAGGAAGCUGGUGGACUAUGACAGUGCCCGCCACCACCUGGAAGCUUUGCAGAGCUCCAAGAGGAAGGAUGAAAGUCGGAUCUCAAAGGCAGAAGAGGAAUUUCAGAAAGCACAGAAAGUAUUUGAAGAGUUUAACGUUGACUUACAAGAAGAGUUACCAUCGUUAUGGUCAAGACGGGUCGGUUUUUACGUCAACACUUUCAAAAAUGUUUCCAGCCUCGAGGCCAAGUUUCAUAAGGAAAUUGCAGUGCUUUGCCACAAAUUGUAUGAAGUGAUGACGAAGCUGGGUGACCAGCAUGCUGAUAAGGCCUUCACCAUUCAAGGAGCUCCCAGUGAUUCUGGUCCUCUCCGCAUCGCAAAGACACCAUCACCGCCCGAGGAGGCCUCACCCAUCCCGAGCCCAACAGCUAGUCCCAAUCACACGCUGGCACCUGCGUCUCCCGCACCAGCCAGGCCUAGGUCACCUUCACAGACAAGGAAGGGGCCUCCCGUCCCACCGCUGCCUAAAGUCACCCCAACAAAGGAACUCCAGCAGGAGAACAUCAUCAGUUUCUUCGAGGACAACUUUGUCCCAGAAAUCAGCGUGACGACACCUUCACAGAAUGAAGUCCCUGAGGUGAAGAAAGAGGAGACAUUGUUGGAUCUGGACUUCGACCCUUUCAAGCCUGAGGUGGCCCCUCCAGGUUCUGCUGGAGUGACCCAUUCCCCCAUGUCGCAGACAUUGCCCUGGGACCUAUGGACGACAAGCACUGAUUUGGUACAGCCGGCUUCUGGUGGUACAUUUAAUGGAUUCACCCAGCCCCAAGACACUUCCUUAUUCACAAUGCAGACAGACCAGAGCAUGAUCUGUAACUUGGCUGAAUCUGAACAGGCUCCGCCCACAGAGCCGAAAGCAGAGGAGCCCCCUGUCGUUGCUGUACCUGCUGUUGGGCUGGACUCUGGACUGGACACCCAGGCUGAGGAGCCAGUGGAGGGGGCAGUGGUCAUACCUGGAACAGACGCCAGUGUGACAGCUGGAGCCGUGGUGUUGGCUGCCGAGGAGGUCCCAGUGGAGGAAACAGAGAUGGAGAAGGCAGCUCUUCCUGCUGGGGAAGGAGCAGGUGUAGAGGAGACCAGGACUGAUGCUGACACUAUGGAGGCCAUAGAUAGUGACAGAUCUCAACCAGAAGAACCAGAAGCAGCAGCCCCUCAGGAGAAGGUCAUCCCUUCAGUCGUCAUAGAGCCCGCCUCCAACAAUGAAGGAGAGGGAGACCACGAAGUCCCCGCUGGUGCAGAGUCCAUGGAAACACCCGGUGCCCCGGCUCUUCCCGGCCCUGCCAGUGAGCCCCCAGCCCUGGCUGCAGAGCCCAGAGCCAGUGAGGACUCCCAGCCGCUGCUCUCCACUCCAGCGGCAAGUGAGGCGCCUCAAGAUGUGCCUCCCGGCUUCCUCUACAAGGUGGAAACACUGCAUGAUUUUGAAGCAGCUAAUUCUGAUGAACUUACCUUACAAAGGGGUGACGUGGUGUUGGUGGUCCCCUCAGACUCAGAAGCUGACCAGGAUGCAGGCUGGUUGGUGGGAGUGAAGGAAUCAGACUGGCUUCAGUACAGAGACCUUGCCACCUACAAAGGCCUCUUUCCAGAGAACUUCACCCGGCGCCUGGAUUAGGGCCAAGAAUAUUAAAGAAAGAGCCUGGUUUGGGGGUUUUUAAACUUCCAUGAAAACCCAAAGAGUUCACCUCUGCUGUUGCACUCUUAAUGAUGUACAGGCUGGUGCCAGACAAAGCUUGGAAAGAUAUCAGUGGAGCAUGUGUG